AUGUCUGGUUAUUUUUCAAGCUUUUCUUUAAAUAAAAUCACCGACUCAAUUGCUACCGCUGCGCACAAGACCCAUGACACUUUGAAUAAUGCGCUAGCAAAUGCGAAUGUGAACUUGAAUGAUCCUCAAACAAGAUUAUCAAUAAAAUCGCGCACUAGAUUUGUUCAGGAGUCCUUGGGAACUAUUUCAGAUAUAAGCAAGUUACCACCACAGUACCAAUUCUUGGAGAAGAAAAGUGAUUCCUUGGAGAAGGUUUGUAAGAGAAUUUUGCUAGUGUCAAAAACAUUUGAGGUGGAGGGUUACGAUUAUCCGCCAAAUUUAACGGAAAGUAUUUCGGAUUGGUGGUCUCUUAAUAAAGACGGCUGGUUUGGUUCAAAGAAAUCUGAAAUUACCAACAAAAAGAAGGGUUCCAAUCAUGACGAUGCCUUUUUGCCAAGGUCUUUUGCUCAAGCCAUUUCAAAAGCUGCUGUUGACUGCGAAUUUGAAUUCCAAAAUUUAGAGAACGAUGAAAAAGCAGAAUUGAAGAAGAAAAGAGAAUCUACUAAAAAUGCCCAGACUACAGGUGCUCAGGAUGAAGAAAAUGAAGAGGAUGAGGAUGAAGAAGAGGAAGAGGAUGAAGACUUGUCUAAUUUAAUUAAAGUUUUUGACUCCUGGUCAACAUGUUAUAAGAAUAUUGACGAAGGGAAAACAGAAAUGGAUUCUAUGAUGGUCAAGGAAUUUAAUAAAAAACUAGAAAAAUUGAUAAACCAGGAUUUCAAGAGGGUUCAUGAACUGCGCAAAAAAGUAGAGAUAUCCAGGCUUAAGUUCGAUACGAUGCGCUAUGAAGUUAAAGCAAAGGAAGCACAGUUAGACGCUCAAAAACCAGGCGUCACAGAGGAAGCGCACACCAAAGAUGUUAGUGCGAACACCGCCACCUCAUUGAAUGAAAUUCCUUCUACUGUGGAUGAAAAACAAAAAUCAAAUGUAAAUACCGAAGCUGAAUCAAAGAAAGAAGCCAAUGAACAAGUUGCUGAUGAUGCUGUAGUCAUGAAAGAGGAUCCUAAAGACGACAAAAAAGAUGACACACCGCUUGAAGAAUCCGAAGAAAAUAAGCUGCUGGAAAAGUUGGAAGAUGAAUUUGUAUCCAAUACUACAGCAGCCGUAGAAACAAUGGAAGAAAUCGCUGACAGUUCUGAAAUCCUGGGCUUAAUAAAGCUUUUCCAGAAUUUCCAGUUAGUUUACUUUAGACAAUGUGUCCAAGAAGUGGAAGCAAACCUCAAGGUUUUGAAUGGUUUGGAGAAUUAG